CAAUCCUCGAGCCUUGACUGACAUCUCAUCGUCACUUACAUACACCCAAUUCAGCGUUUUCGUCGUGGCUUUGCCCCAAAAGCUCUUUAUAAGCUACUGGGUGUCUCUUUGAUAAUUCCGGGCCCCAAUUUGCGCCCCAAGAAGCCAAUUCUCUCUCUCUUCUCACAAUUUCAGACCCCAGUCCUCGGGCUCUUCUGAGACUGAGCCAUCGGGAACGUUCACCACCGCCGACUCCUUGCUUCACCGGCACUCAUUUAGCGGGCAGUGGCAGUUUAUAGAGCUCAUACGGGCGCAUCAACAUGAGCUCCGGGGAGGGAGCCGACUUGGUUGCGCAGGCUGCUCCAAGUGAGCCUGAGCCGCCGCAAGCUAAGGGUACACCCUCAAACACUACCACGGCGCAAGCAACACAUCACGCACCCACAGGUGAAGCUGCAAGUACUGUCGAAGACGCGCCAUCUGUCUCCUCCGCCACCGCCGCCACCGCACCUCCCGUCACGGAGCCCGCCGCCGCCGCCACCCCUCCCAUGUCCAAAAACGCCCUCAAGCGCCUCCGCCGCGCGCAAGAGUGGGAGGACGGCAAGGACGACCGCCGCAAGCGCCGCAAGGAGAAGCGGCAGACGCGGCGCGAGCGGCAGCGCGAGGAGCGCGCGGCCCUCGUCGCGCAGGGCGUGGACCCCAGGUCGCUGGCGCCGCCGCCGCGGCCGCCACCGACGCUCGUGCCCGUGGCGCUCAUCGUCGACUGCGACUUCGAGCGCUACAUGACGGACAAGGAGCGCGUGUCGCUGUCCAGCCAGGUGACGCGCUGCUACGCCGACAACCGCGCCGCGCGGUACCGCUCGCACCUCUGGCUCGCGGGCUGGGGCGGCGCCAUCGAGCGCCGCUUCAACGACGUGCUCGGCCGCCAGCAGGACCACUGGAAGGGCGUGGGCUUCGCGGCGGGCGACUUCCUCGCCUGCGCGGAGCUGGCGCGCGAGAAGAUGCGGGGGAGCGAAGGAGGAGGCGAGAUGAUCCCCGCGCUGCAGCGCAGCCUCGACGAGCCCGUGUCGUGGGACGUGGCCGAGCGCGAGCCCUUCCCGCUACCAGACGAGCCCGCCCUGCCGCCCCUAGACGAGCGCUACCGCGACGUCGUGUACCUGACGUCCGAGUCGCCCUACACGCUGCAGCGCCUGGAGCCGCACACGAGCUACGUCAUCGGCGGGCUCGUGGACAAGAACCGCGAGAAGGGGCUGUGCUACCGGCGGGCGCGCGAGCGGGGGAUCCGCACGGCGCGCCUGCCCAUCGGCGAGUUCAUGGUGCUCAAGAGCCGCCAGAUCCUCGCCACCAACCACGUCGUCGAGAUCAUGCUCAAGUGGCUCGAGUGUGAGGACUGGGGCGAGGCGUUCAUGGCGGUGAUUCCGAAGCGCAAGGGCGGGAAGCUCAUCGGCGAGGGGGAGGGGGGGGAGGGCGGUGAAGAGGGCGCGGAGGAGCGUGUUGAGGGCGGCGACGACGAAGACGGAGAAGCGGGCCAUGAUGGAAAGGAAGAAGAGGUGGGCGGCGAAGCGGCGGAAUCUGCAGAGGUGGCCAACGCGGAAGUAAUCACUGGCGUAGGAGCGGAGGGAGCAACACAGGACACUCAAUGACGACCCGUCGUGAUAGACUACCAUACGCCAGCCGGGAUAUCCUUUCCAGAGCGCGACGAACCAAAAAAAUCAUCCAUG